AUGAAGACCUCCCGAAUCUGCGAUGACUUUGUUCUAGCCAUCAGUGGUCGGGAGGUCAGCAUAUCGUGUAAGAUCCUUGCCCCCAACUUCGAAGCCAGCAUGGACUUCGCGGCGAUCAAGCACGCACUAUCGGAGACGGUGGGUUGCGGGGGCGGAUCUAUGCAGAUCUGUUGGCGCAGCCAAAGCGGCACAUGCAAAACAUGCUCGCUUCCGCUGGGGCCGGCUUUCCUUGCAAACUUGGAUGACGCGGACAUGGUCUGCCGCGAGCUUGCAAAGCGCGUCUUGGACCAUGUGGCGCUCAGCUCAAAAGUGCGCAACAUCAAUCACACGGGCAAGCUGCCGGCCAUCGUUCUUUAUGCCGAAUUGGGCCAUGUUCUGGGCCACAGCCAAGAUUGUGGAGUGUACCGCGGAACCCAUCGGUCAUCCUUGCAGGCCGCCGCAUGGGCGGAGUGCUCCUUGGGUAGCAUGCAGCCGUGGCUAUGGAGCUCACUGCGCCGAUGCUCGAAGAGGACAAAGGAUGCGUGA